CUCCACGCGGUUUGUUUGACUUCAUCUCACCGACAACCACAGAGCGACCCAACAUCAGACGCGUGUUUCGACAACAAUAACCGAGCCGCCAGACCAAACCAAACUGCCUCGAGAGGCCCCGCACAAUGGCCCGGCCGAGCGUCGCGGCGCGCAACCUGUCGCUGACGGAAGAGCUCGAGAAGCUGGAGCAGUCCAUCACGCUGACGCUGCAAGAAAUCGACCACAACUUUAGCAAAGCCCACCGAAUCGUGACGACGAGCAUACUGCCGCUGGUGGAGCAAUAUGGCGAGCACUCGCGCGCCGUCUGGGACGCGUCCAAGUUUUGGAAGCAAUUCUUCGAGGCAUCCGCCAACGUGUCGCUCUCUGGCUACGAGGAGCUCGCCAACGACGAUGGGUCCUCGGCGGCCGGGGACAGCACGGCGAUGAGAGACGACACGUCGUCAGUCUACACGGCACAGCCCCAGGAUGAUGAUGAUGACGACAACGCGACGCGCACGACGACACCCGCGGAGCAGUCGACGCUGCACGGCGAUGAGUCCCUGUUGGACGACGCGGAACUUACGGGGAGCACGCCUCGUCCACCGGCGACCAAGACGAUCCGCGCGCAGCUGUCGCCGCUCGAGUCGCCGUACGAGGCCUUGAAGCGGGAGAUGGCCAACGAGGAGGACGCCGGCGCGACGACGGUGCUGGAAGACGACGACGACGAUGACGACGACGUCGGGGAGGACUCGACGGUGCUGUUCGCCCAGCGUACGGCGCGUCUGCCGGACAUGUCCAUGACGCCAGGGGGGCUGGGCGCCCGCGAUGACAGGACGCUGGAGCAGUCGACGCAGAGGCAGAAAGAUCCGCUCCUCCACCGCGUGCUCGACAAGAACUACCGCUUGCAGGCGACGCCGCACAAGCCCGCGUACCGCAUCUCGCCGCUGAAAAAGGCUACGGGCGAUGCCGGCGGCAAGGGGAAAGCGGCGGCGGGGCCCUCGUGGCGCGACGACUCGCCCAUGUCGUCGCCCGAGAUGGCGGUCCCGACGCUGCGAAGCGAGGCCUUCAUGUCCCCUUUCAAGAGCAACGCGCGGCAGCGGCUGGCGGCCGCGACGGCAACGUCACAGCGCGGGCCGAGGACGCCCGGCGUCAGCGUGCAGACGCCGGGGACGGCGAGGAAGACGCGGGACGCGUUGGCGGGCGAUACAGAGGGCGGCGGCGGCGGGCGCAAGCCAAAGUACGAGAUUGACUGGGAGAGCGACGGCGACGACGAGGACGGUGAUCUCUACGCGGGGAUGAGCCCGCCCAAGACUAUUCAGUUUGCGCUGCCGCCGUCGAAGCUGCUGCAGACGCCAGCCCGGGAGGCGAGCAGGAGGAUCGUCGACGACAUUCUCAUUGACGCGGGGGCGGACCCGGAGUCGUCCGAGUACAGCCCGACAAUGGUCAAGAUGAACGAGGACAUUCUCAACGACAGCUUCUGAGCAGGGCGCCUUGACGGGAUGGAUCUGGGGGGGUGCCAAUGCUGAUGAUGAGGUAGAUGUAGACAAUCACUUUUGCGCAAUGAGCAUGAGAGAUCCUGCAUGGAUGACGAGAAAUUUUGUCAAGUGUCUCUUAAGGCCUCUUGCCUGGUAUAGGGAUCUAAGUUCUAGAAGCAAUCGAAAGAAAUAAAACAAUGAGA